GUGAAGCUGCACUGCAGAACGUAAUGCGUCACCGCGGGCGCUCGAGCAUCGGAACCAUCAGUGGACAGGAGAAUCCUGGUGGUCUGGGAACGAAGCCACUGACUGGACAGCGCAUGGUGGCUCCCAAGAGAAGCCAAAGCAACCUUGGGGUGAGCAAAGACGAAAGGCUCUUGCAGGAAGACUAUGUGAAUCGGUGCCAGGAGAUUCGCAGCGCCCUGUACGACAAGUGCAGAGAAAAUGAAGCAAUGGAGCGAGCUCUGAAGGAGGCUUUUUUCUGUUGGCAUCAAACUGUACUUAACAUGGGUGCAUCGGAAAGCUCUACGCCACCAGAUCAUGCAACGGUGGAUAGAGUCGUCAAGAUGGCAACGAAGGAUGCAGUGGAGAAAGCCACCGUCAACCAGCUUUGGGAAAAAUGGGAGAAGGAUGCAGAAUCCAAAGGGGAACAAUUGCCUGACUAUGUUCCUUUGUGGUGGCCAUGGACUCGAUUCUGGUAUGGGCGAACACGGCCUCCACGCUGGGUCGAGGGUGCGACAAUCGUCCACGAGGAUGACUCAGGCCAGCUGUGGGAGACGCACGUGGAUGUCAGGCUCCAUGAAGGACGCCGGAGUUUCGUCCACAACUGGACGCGGAAGAAGGAGUACGAGAACGUGGAUGCAGAUGUCGCGCACCAGCUCGGCACCUUCGUGACGAAGUCUUUCAAGGAGUCACAAGACCGUUCCUCCUGUUUGUCCUGCAGCACGAGGCCGAAGAGCUACAUCAAGAGUCUGACAGUGUACGAGAGGGACCCGAGCGACCGCAGAUACCGGAUGACUGUGGAUUUGGACCACGAUCGAGACUCAAGCUACAGCCAUGUGUGGUACAACAAGGAGAAGCAAUGGUGUGGCUGUGUAUGGUGCUGA